GUAGAUAACAAGAUGACUGUCUUCAUGGACUUUCCUUUUGGUCGGUAUAUUGCCUUCUAUAUAGAGAGACAUAACAAAAAUGAUCACAGGAAAUGUAUAGUCAUAGAUUAGCCUCUCGUAGACCGAGGCUGACUAGUACGGACUAGAGUGUAUCUGUAAGAUGAACGAACAUUGUGAAGGCUUCAUGAUACCCGACAAUCGUGCUGAUGUUCUCUUUGAACCAUUAGUGAACUUGAUGCCUAAUUUUUGUUGUUGUUUAUGUUUUUUUUUUUUUUUUUUUGUAAAACGAUUUGUUAGUUUGAGGGCAUAUGGGUACAGCUAUGAUACCGUAGUCCGUGUUGCAGUCCGUAUGUUUUGAUUUUCUACGACCACAGCUAGAGCCUACACCCGUUCAUAUCCUGCCUUGAUUGACACAAAAUAACAUCAGUGUAGUUGAAUCACAAUGAUGCAAGCCUUGGAUGACGUUGCUACUACAAAUAUACUUGACAGUCGUGGACGGGAAGCAAGCUUUAGGGAGUGGCCUCAUUCAAACAUUCCUACAGGACCACUGGUGGUAGCUGGAUUUUCCUAUACGAACUCAGGAUCAUCGACAGUAAAAUGUAUAGCAUGUGGAUUGGAGGUAGACGCUUCAAGUUUAAACGGGACAAAUCCUUAUGUUUUCCAUGUGUUACGGUCUCCAGAAUGUUCGUUCUUCUAUCCAGCCAAUCCUUAUAGGCGGGAGUCGGACCGCAGACAGACCUUCCUCUAUUGGAUAGGAUACGAUGGGGCCCCGGAUGUUGAUGAUCUAGUUUCGGCUGGAUUUUAUGUAGCAGAAUUUGGAGAGGACAAACUUCGAUGUUUCUGUUGUGAUUUAAAUAUAUUGUCUCCGAAUCAAACGGCAGAAUUAAGACAGGAACACGCUCGACUGAGCCCGAACUGUGUCUUUAUAAGGAACUGGAUGUUGCAGGAAUCAAACGGUCGGGGCCGGUAAAGACAUAACAGUUUUCUUUGCCGCGUCCGCCUGAAAAUCAUUGGGACAAAGACGGAUAUUUGGCUUUUAUUUUUGUUAGAAUAUCUUUGUUUUUAUUGCCAUAAAAGGUAAGGGAAAGUUUUGAUAAGAUCAUAAUUUCUGCAGAUGCCCUUGAGGUCUCACGAGUCUGCGUUAUAAAGCGGAACUUAUCAUUUCAAUCAUAUUAUUUGUAAUAUUUAAAUAUUCAUACGAUUAUGUCUAUUUGACAUGUAUGUUCUGAACUGAAUGAUAUAUAUUAUCAUUUUUUUCAGUAACAUAUGCUGAAAAAACGGUAUAAUUACAAUAGAUAUGCAUUAUUAAAUUUUGU